AUGAGCCGCGCGCGUGGGGCGCUGUGCCGGGCCUGCCUCGCGCUGGCCGCGGCCCUGGCCGCGCUGCUGUUACUGCCGCUGCCGCUGCCCCGCGCGCCCGCCCCGGCCCGGACCCCCGCCCCGGCCCCGCGCGCGCCCCCGUCCCGGCCCGCUGCCCCCAGCCUGCGGCCUGACGACGUCUUCAUCGCCGUCAAGACCACCCGGAAGAACCACGGGCCGCGCCUGCGGCUGCUGCUGCGCACCUGGAUCUCCCGGGCCCGCCAGCAGACGUUUAUCUUCACCGACGGGGACGACCCUGAGCUCGAGCUCCAGGGCGGCGGCCGUGUCAUCAACACCAACUGCUCGGCGGUGCGCACCCGUCAGGCCCUCUGCUGCAAGAUGUCCGUGGAGUAUGACAAGUUCAUUGAGUCCGGGCGCAAGUGGUUUUGCCACGUGGAUGAUGACAAUUAUGUGAAUGCCAGGAGCCUCCUGCACCUGCUCUCCAGCUUCUCACCCAGCCAGGACGUCUACCUGGGGCGGCCCAGCCUGGACCACCCCAUCGAGGCCACCGAGAGGGUCCAGGGUGGCAGAACUGUGACCACGGUCAAGUUCUGGUUUGCUACUGGUGGGGCCGGGUUCUGCCUCAGCAGAGGCCUUGCCCUCAAGAUGAGCCCAUGGGCCAGCCUGGGCAGCUUCAUGACCACGGCUGAGCAGGUGCGGCUGCCGGAUGACUGCACAGUGGGCUACAUCGUGGAGGGGCUCCUGGGCGCCCGCCUGCUGCACAGUCCCCUCUUCCACUCUCACCUGGAGAACCUGCAGAGGCUGCCACCCGACACCCUGCUCCAGCAGGUUACCUUGAGCUAUGGGGGUCCUGAGAACCCACAUAAUGUGGUGAACGUGGCUGGAGGCUUCAGCCUGCAUCAGGACCCCACACGGUUUAAGUCUAUCCACUGCCUUCUCUACCCAGACACGGACUGGUGUCCCAGGCAGAAACAGGGCGCCCCGACCUCUCGGUGACACCAACCACCCCUGACCCAGGGCUGCCUGGCUCUGUCCCAGGUGCGGGGAACCAGAGCCCCCUAUGGGCUCAGUGGGCUCCCUCAGGUGCCACGGCCACACCAGUGAGAUGCAGGCACCUGGCAGACCCUCUGGCUAGCCUGUAGCCCCCCCCUCCCAGCCCCUGGUGGGCUGCAGUGAUGGGUGUUUUGGGAGAACGAAGACAGCCAGGCUGAUGGCCAGGGCCGCAGUGCCCCUCCCCCCGACCCAGCCGCAAGGUUGAUCCCACGGGAACAGGCUUCCAUCCCAGCACUUGAGCAUCUGGGAGGGAGCUGCCAUCCGGGCUCCAUUACCUGUUGCUGAAGGCGGGUGCUAGGCUGGCUAGGUGUCAGGGAGCAGGCUCCAGGCCAAGGUCCUGGCCCAGCCACGGCCAUUGCAAGGGCUCAGCCUGGCAGGCUUUGUGGGGGACGCCGCCCUCUCUGCCGCAGGCUGGGUGCACGGCCGGGCACCACAGUGGGACUCAGGCCCGGGAAGGUCAUGCUCUUGGCCAGAGCUUUGCUCCCAGUCUAGGCGCCUCAUUCGGAGGCCUCUUGACUGGGACCACAGAGAUGUUUUCUCCGCUCUGACUUGUGGCUCAGGACUACUUUCUGGGUCGUGCUCCUGCUCCACUGUGCCUGGCCCCAUAAACAACAGGAGCCUUUUGUUCCGCUGACCUGCCCGUCCCAGCAGACCCACCUCCCCGCCUGGUGCCUUCCCUGGAGGGAAAUGGGACAGGGGCCGUCAUCUCCCUUCUGCCUCCUGCUUUGCUGUUGCCGAGCACGAGUAAAGCCUCUGUUCUUACUUCA